GUAACCGUCGUCUAUGGCAUCAUUUUUAUCUCAGCACUCGUGGGUAAUGUUCUAAUUUGUGUCGUUAUCGUCCGACACGAGUCCAUGCAUUCGGCCACAAAUUAUUAUCUCUUCAGUUUGGCGGUCUCGGAUCUCAUUUUCCUCAUAUUUGGACUGCCUACGGAAGUAUUUUUAUAUUGGCAUCAGUAUCCGUUUUUAUUUGGUCUAACAUUUUGCAAAGUGCGGGCCUAUAUAUCAGAAGCUUGCAGUUAUGUUUCCGUCUUUACCAUUGUGGCAUUCUCCGUCGAACGCUAUUUAGCCAUUUGCCAUCCAUUGAGCUCGUAUGCCAUGACCGGCUUUAAGAGAGCCUUACGAAUAAUCGGAGCCCUCUGGUUGCUAAGCUUCAUUGCUGCCAUACCAUUUGGGUGGCUAAGUGAAAUUCAAUAUCUCAGCUAUCCUCCAGACAACGAAACAAUUUGUGACUCGGCAAUGUGUGCCAUGUUCCCACCCGAAGAAUGGUAUAUUUUUGAGGCAUCAUUCCUGUUCUUCUUUCUCAUACCCAUGGUAAUGAUCUUCUAUUUCUAUGGUCGUAUGGGUGCUGCAAUACGGGCCAGAACGGAAAAGAAAUUAGGUGUCCAACAAGGAUCCAUGCACAAGGCACCAAGACAUGAACAAUCGCGGAAGGCCGUAAUUCGUAUGUUGGCUGCUGUUGUUUUGACAUUCUUCAUAUGCUGGCUACCAUUUCACAUCCAGCGGCUAUUUAUUAUCUACGGUCGCGAGAAUAAAUAUUAUUUCGAAAUCAACGAAUGGCUUUUCUCGAUAACUGGAUUUGCCUAUUAUUUGUCAUGCACAAUUAAUCCGAUUUUGUACAAUGUUAUGUCCCAUCGUUAUCGUGUAGCCUUUAAGGAUACCCUCUGCGGCAAAUGCCGAAAAAAUGGCUUCAAUCGAGAUCAGUCGAGUUUUCGUACCUUGGCCACAAGUUUAUCGAAUAAUGGCAAUUAUGAUAGGUAUGGCAGAUCUUUCAGAUUUUCGACUAACGUACGAGAUCGUAUGUCAAUCAAAUCGAAUAAUGUGACAUGGCAGAAAUCGGAUUACAAUGCCACCUUACAAGAGAAUAUUUCACACAACAGCCUCACAGCCACUUCAUCAACUGGAACUAAUGCCAUGGUUGUGUGCGUCGAUAAUGGCAUUAAUGGACGCACCAAAGUUUUCACCGAAAACGAAGCCAAAGAAUCCCUGCUGAGCAAAUAUAAUGCCAAUGAGACCUGUAUAUAGCCCAAGGCCAGAGUAAGAAGACAAACUUCAAUUCGUGUAAAUUAUG